AUGAAUGUUGAGGAUGAACAUCACCCAAAGUUGAUGAGAAAACAAAAGAAAUGUGCUACUCAUACUCAUUGUGUUGGUUGUGGUGAUUUUGGUUAUAGUAUUCAUUAUGGUGUUACUUAUGGUUGUACUACUAGUGUUUUUCAUAGUACUACAACUUGUUAUCAUAAUGGUACUAUUAAUUAUGCUACUUAUUGUGGUCUUGGUCUUUGUACUACUGGUAGUACUAUUAAUAGUUUUGCUCUUUGUGUCUAA